CGGAGGGGUGGAGCUACAACUCAACUGGGCGUGCAAAGUUAAUGUUGUGUGACAUAAGCGCCGCUUCUCCAAAUUCUACACUUUGAAUUGAUCUGGAAGCAACUGAUAAAAUGAAAGACUGAAUUUUGGCAGCAAGGCGAAUCAGGACUCACGUUUUUUCUGGUUCGACUCUACUUGGAAUCACCUGCUCUCUGAUGAGGCGAUACAGCGCGUCGUAGCCUACCUGUUGGACCCACGUAGGAAGUCAAGAGUAAAGGGUUUUGCUGAUUGACCUGGACACACAUGGAUGUUCGACGGGAAAUCCCUGAUUAUGUUGCCUUCACCUGUCUGUCCCACCUCAUCACCCAAUAGGUAAUUCAAGAUACCAGUUUUCUCGGCACCUGCACGGUCGAGUGCAAUGCUUCACUUUCCAUUUAAAAGUGUUAUCGACCAUAAAAUAGAAGGUCAUGCAUGUAGCACCAGACGCCCCAACACACCGCAGGAGGACGACGAGACCAUGAGCCAGCUCCAGAGUGAGGGCGGGACCGCCCCGGGCCCCGCCUCCCGCCCCUCCCACGCGCAUCACGGCAACGGGUGCGACAGCGACCCCAAACACCCCGCCCACCACCCCGCCCACUUCCUGUCGGAGAUGUACUGCAGCUCCUACCCGCCGGCCCACCACCCGCACCAGCCUCACCCCCACCACCCCACGCCGUUCCCCAGCCGCGCGCCGGACAGCUCCUGGGGGCCCGGUACCCACCCCAGCUACGCCAGCAGCGGCUGGAGUGGCGCCGGGUUCCCGGGUCGCCCGGCCAACUCCUGUCUCAGCGGCAAAGAUUUCUCCCGCCAGUCGGGGGAGAGCGCUUUGUACCCGGCGGACAAUAGCUCCUCGCUGCCGGGCCGCUACAGCCCCAGCAUGGGCAGCCUGGAGCAGCCGUACUCGCUGCACUCCAACCAUCCCUCGCCGGAGCUCUACCACCACACCAUGUCCCCCUACUACUGCCAGCCGCCGGGGCCCGCCUGCUGGGCACAGUGCCCCCCAGAGGCCUUCAAGAGGGGGCCCGCCUUCGCCCACCAGAUGCCCAUGCUGGUACCCCACCUGCCCUACGCGCCCUUCUAUCCGAAUGACACCAGAGCUCGAGGAGUUGGUGGCAUGGACCAUCCCAAUGACCCAGCUAAAAAGGAGAAUACAUCCAAUAGCAGCCAAUUAUCCCCAGAACAGAGGAAGGUGUUUGUAACAUACGAAGCUGACAAUGAAGAACACGUCAACAAGGUCAUCAACUUUGUUGCCCUAUUGCGACACAACGGCUUUGACACACACAUCGACAUGUUCGAGCAGCAGUUCAGGAGCAUCAGCAAGAUAGACUUCAUGGAGCGCUAUCUGAGCGAGAAGGAAUAUCUGAUCAUCAUCAUCAUCAGUCCAAAGUACUACGACACGGUCAGUGCCUCUCCGUUUGGCCUGGAGAAUGACGAGAGGACCCUCAACACGGUCUACAUCCACAAGCAGUUGCAGAAUGAAUUCAUCCAAAAUGGCAGCAAGAAUUUUAGAUUCAUUCCCAUCAUUUUCCCAGGGGGCAGAAAGUGCCACGUUCCCACCUGGCUGCAGAACACUCACGUGUUCAGCUGGCCUCGCGACCUGGACGACAUCAUCCGGCGGCUGAUGAGAGUGGAGAAGUACAAUCCCCCCGGCCUUGGGCCGCUGCCCACCAUCAUCUCCAGACCCAUCUAGACCUACCCUCACCUCCAGAUCUACCGUCACCUCCAGACCUACCCUCACCUCCAGACCUACCCUCACCUCCAGAUCUACCGUCACCUCCAGACCUACCGUCACCUCCAGAUCUACCGUCACCUCCAGAUCUACCGUCACCUCCAGACCUACCCUCACCUCCAGACCUACCCUCACCUCCAGACCUACCCUCACCUCCAGACCUACCCUCACCUCCAGACUUACCCUCACCUCCAGACUUACCCUCACCUCCAGACCUACCCUCACCUCCAGACCUCCAGACCCAUCUAGACCUACCCUCACCUCCAGACCUACCGUCACCUCCAGACCCAUCCAGACCUACCAUCUCCUCCAGACCUACCGUUACCUCCAGACCCAUCCAGACCUACCGUCACCUCCAGACCCAUCCAGACCUACCGUCACCUCCAGACCUACCGUCACCUCCAGACCCAUCCAGACCUACCGUCACCUCCAGACCUACCGUCACCUCCAGACCCAUCCAGACCUACCGUCACCUCGAGACCUACCGUCACCUCCAGACCCAUCCAGACCUACCGUCUCCUCCAGACCCAUCCAGACCUACCGUCGACUCCAGACCCAUCCAGACCUACCGUCUCCUCCAGACCUACCGUUACCUCUAGACCCACCGUCACCUCCAGACCCAUCUAGACCUACCGUCACCUCCAGACCCAUCCAGACCUACCGUCACCUCCAGACCUACCGUCACCUCGAGACCUACCAUCACCUCCAGACCCAUCUAGACCCACCGUCACCUCCAGUCCUACCCUCACCUCCAGACCUACCGUCACCUCCAGACCCAUCCAGACCUACCGUCACCUCCAGACCCAUCCAGACCUACCGUCACCUCAAGACCCAUCCAGACCUACCGUCACCUCCAGACCCAUCCAGACCUACCGUCACCUCCAGAGCUACCCUCACCUCCAGACCUACCCUCACCUCCAGACCUACCGUCACCUCCAGACCCAUCCAGAGCUACCCUCACCUCCAGACUAGGGCUGGGUGAUUAAUGGAAUUUUGAUCGCGAUUUCGAUUUUAGCGUCAAACGAUCACAAAAUUAACAUAAUCGAGUUUUUCGUUUAUUUUUAUUUAACGUUUUAUAAAAAGGGCAGAACAGCUGUAUACAUAUCGGUAUAUUAUUUUAGAUUGGAACAUUUUCUUUUUGACCAUUUUGUGUUUUUUUUAAGGCGAAAUUUCAAAGUUCUGUUACAAAGCUUUUUUUGGGAGAGAAAUCCAGAAUAAAUGCAUGUUUUCAAACUCAAAAAUAAUCGUUUCAAUAAUAGUGAUUUCAAUAUUGCCCAAAUUAAUCGUGAUUAUGAUUUUUCCCAUAAUCAAGCAGCCCUAAACUAGAGCCAUCUAGACCUACCAUCACCUUCAGACCUACCGUCACCUCCAGACCCAUCCAGACCUACCGUCACCUCCAGACCCAUCUAGACCUACCAUCACCUCCAGACCUACCGUCACCUCCAGACCCACCGUCAUCUCCAGACCCAUCCAGACCUACCGUCACCUCGAGACCUACCGUCACCUCCAGACCCAUCCAGACCUACCGUCACCUUGAGACCUACCGUCACCUCCAGACCCAUCUAGACCUACCAUCACCUCCAGACCUACCGUCAGCUCCAGACCCAUCCAGACCUACCGUCACCUCGAGACCUACCGUCACCUCCAGACCCAUCUAGACCUACCAUCACCUCCAGACCCAUCCAGACCUACCGUCACCUCCAGACCUACCGUCACCUCCAGACCCACCGUCAUCUCCAGACCCAUUCAGACCUACCGUCACCUCCAGACCUACCGUCACCU